AAACAAAUCCACUUGACAUGGCAGCGCACGACGACGGCGUCCAAACUUCGGCGCCCCCGGCGGCCGUGGUCGCAGUGCAUGCUCACGCUGAAGCAGCUGAGCGAGCAUUUUGCGACGAGCUCGAGGAAGACUUGACUGCCACGACCACGGAACACGACAACGCGACAGGUCUCUUGAAAGGCGAAGCCCUUUUCCGCCACAUUCGAUCGACAGUCAUCGGCCACAAUAGCGCCUUUGACACGCCGUUUGGUACGCGACCCCUUGUGUAUGCUGACUACACGGCUAGCGGACGCUCCUUGCAAUGCAUCGAGGACUACAUGCAGACGGAAGUGCUGCCUCAGUACGGCAACACCCACACGACCACAUCCAUCACAGGUUUGCAAACCACGUGCUUUCGCCAUGAAACGCGGCAAAUCAUUGCGCAAUGCGUGAACGCCAAAAUUACUGGUCGCGGAGCGGAGGACGUGGUGCUGUUCACUGGAAGCGGAAGCACUGGUGCCAUUGCGAAGUUAGUCCAGGCGCUCGGCUUGCACGUGCCCAUUGUGGAUGGCCGUCCGAAACCUGUCGUUUUUGUCGGUCCGUUUGAGCAUCAUUCCAACUUGCUCCCGUGGCGAGAAAGCUCUGCCGACGUCGUUCAGAUAAGCGAAACGUCGGAAGGCAUUGUGGACGUGUCCAUGUUGAAGCGAGAACUGAUUAAGUAUGCUGACCGCCCCCUCAAGAUCGGAUCAUUCUCGGCGGCUUCCAACUUGACCGGGGUUCUCACGGACGUCGACGCCAUUGCUUGUCUUCUGCAUCAACAUGGAGCGUUGUCGUUCUGGGACUACGCGGCAGCGGCGCCGUACGUGCCGAUCGAUAUGAAUCCGGUCGUCGCGGGUGAUUCCCGACCGUUUGUGUACAAGGACGCGAUCUUUUUGUCUGGUCACAAGUUCCUUGGUGGUCCAGGGUCGCCGGGGGUACUUGUGGUGAAGAAGCGCCUCCUCGGGAACGCCGUUCCGACGGCUCCUGGUGGCGGCACCGUUUUUUACGUGACCGAAGAAGAUCAUCGAUACUUGUCCAACCGAGAAGAGCGCGAAGAGGGCGGCACCCCUGACACGUUAGGGUCCAUUCGACUUGGUCUGGCGUUCGAGAUCAAGCAGCGCAUCGGGUCGCAGACGAUUCUAGCCCGCGAACAUCGCAAUGUCCAGCGAGUCGUCACAGCGCUGCAAAACCACAGCCACCUUGUUUUGCUGGGGCACUCGACGGCCGACCGCCUCCCGAUCUUUUCCUUCCUCGUGCGUUCCGGCGCCCGUUUUCUGCACUAUAACUUUGUGUGUGCUCUGCUGAACGACCUAUUUGGCAUCCAGUCCCGUGGCGGGUGUCAGUGCGCCGGGCCGUACGGCCAAAGGCUGCUGGGUAUUUCGAAAUCCCACCAGCGCGCGCUGGAGGCCGCUCUCAUCGACAAGACUGAAGUAUUGCGCCCCGGCAUGUCCCGCGUCAGCUUUCCAUACAUCAUGGACGAUGCCGAAGUGGACUACAUCCUGGCGGCCCUCGAUUUUGUCGCGACCGACGGAUGGAAAUUUUUACCGCAGUACCGAUUCAACCACAAGACGGGCGAGUGGAAGCACCGCACGCGGUUCACGAAAUUUCCGACGCGGAAAUGGCUGUCCAAAGCCACCUUCUUGUCCGUGCCGCCGGCAGAGCCCGCGCCGCCUCUCGCGUCGUUACACGAGUACUUGGCACAAGCCAAACUCUUGGCGGAGCAAGCGCUAUCGGAGGGGAGCAGCACACCGCAGAGCCAUGCCGGCAUGCUCGACACGUCCAAGGAAUCACUGCGAUGGUUCAUCUACCCAUCGGAAGUGCUCACCAGCGUCCGAGACAAGUCCAUGCCACUUCAAGACUUGACUGGCCCGAUUCAGCCCCACCUGUACGGCUCCCCCGCAUCCACACCCGCCAUCAACGAGCCCACUCGCUCGUCGGCACCCUCCGCUGAACCGGUUUGCCUCACUGGAAUGUGUCCUUUCAUCGCACCCAAGACGGAGAAGUACCCGCUUCGCGACCCCUCAGCCAGCACGAACCCGCUCCAAGGGCUCGAGCAAGCGAUCGCCGCGACCGGAAAAAUCGCCCAGCAAGUCACGACGACUCGACUGUUCCCGCAGCCUCCCAAGAAAAUGAUGCGGCUCGUGGGGCAGGCCAUGAUGCAGUGGCAGAUGAUUCAGGACGGCGACAGACUGCUCUUGGGCGUGUCUGGGGGAAAGGACUCCCUGAGCUUGUUGCACAUUUUACUGACGCUACAGAAGCGCGCGCCCGUCCGAUUCACGAUCGCGUGCGCGACGGUCGACCCCCAAACGCCUAGCUUUGACCCGAGUCCGCUCAAGGACUACAUGCGCACGCUUGGCGUCGAGUACCAUUACCUGUCCGAGAACAUCGUGGAGCGUGCGAUGUGCGAGAUGGAAGGGGACUCGCUGUGCGCGUACUGCUCGCGCAUGAAGCGGGGACUGCUGUACUCGUGCUGCCGCACCCACAACUUCAACAAACUUGUGCUUGCCCAGCACUUGGACGAUCUCGCGGAGAGCUUUAUCAUGUCCGCCAUGUACAACGGCCAAGUCCGGACGAUGAAGGCCAAGUACUGGAACGACACGAACGACGUGCAAAUCCUGCGGCCGCUCGUGUACGUCCGAGAGGAAGCGCUGAAGCACUUUGCGUACUCGUCGCGCCUGCCUGUGAUCAACGAGAACUGCCCUGCAUGCUUUGAACAGCCCAAGGAACGUCAACGCGUCAAGAAGAUGCUGUUCCAAGAAGAGAGCUUGAACCCAGACAUGUACAACAGCUUCCGUCGUGCGCUUCUCCCACUCAUGGACAACGACAUCUACCCUGCGCUCAACGCGAUCCGGGCCCGCAUUGACGUCCAAAAGAAAGCAAAAAGCAAUGCCCACACGUCGACCAAAACUUCGACAAAGACACCUGCAGUUGCUGCCGACAUGGACGAGCUAUAGCGUUGUAACAUAUCUUGCUCGAGUGAUGGAAUCGCCAGGGGUGACUACGACCGGCAGUAUGCGGUUCCUAAAAAGCUGAUGAGAAAUGCACAGGGGCAGACCCUUGUCAUCUGUCGCGUCAGGAUUGUACUCGCCGCAUGCGGUCAAACUCGUGGUCCCGGAUGGGGUGAAUUCAAUCUGGAAGGACACGGCAACAACACAGUUCGGCUAAUUAAACUCAAGCAGCUCCACCUGCCUUC